AACCUCACAGCUAUUUCUGCUCGGGAAUUGCGACCAUCUUCUCGCAUAACCCAUAAACUUUCGCAAUGGCUGGUUGUUGCUGCUUUUCUGGAGAUGUCCUUGUGACCACGAAAUCCUGCGGGGUUAAGCGGAUGGACCAGUUGAUUCGAGGUGAAGAAAUUUUAACCCUUUCGAAAUCGGGUGGGGUUCCGAAGUACACCCAGUUUUACACGUGGAUCCAUCGAGAAGUGGACAGAGAGACGGAAUUCGUCGUGAUUAAGACGAGCCCUGGAAAAAUUUUGAAAAUUACGGGGGAUCAUUUGCUCUUUGGCGAGGAAAGGGCUGCAAAAAGGGCGGGAAUGGUGAAGAUAGGCGACAAGAUUUGCACUAUUUCUUCUGACACCACAUUGGCAGAGGAAGUCGUCGUUGACGUGUCGACGGAAAUGCUGACCGGGGUCUACGCCCCAUUUACGAUGAGCGGGGAUUUUAUCGCGAACGGAUUCUUGGUCGCGUGCUAUUCGGACAUUGACAGUUUCGACGUCGCUCAUGCAUCCAUGCUGCCCUUGAGGAUGUUCCACAAACUGGAUAAAUCCUGGAAGAAGGGGAAUAAAAAUCAAGAAGGACUUCACAUCUACGCCAGAAAUUUAUGCAAAAUUUGGGACCAUUUGCCAACCCAAGUUCAAACCGCGAUUCAGAAAUGAGAUAAUAAUUAUAAAUUGAAAUUACAAACAACUUAAAUAAAUAUAUACAAAUACAAAUUAAAAUAAUAGUUUGUAGAAUUGUUUUUAAUAAAUGUAAUUAAAUGAAAA